AUGGAGUGUGGACCAAGGAUAGAGGAUGGUUCAAUUCGUGUCAAUGGCACCGAAUUAAACAAGGUGAACUGUUUCAAGUACCUUGGAUCCAAAGUGACCUCCACAGGCAACAUUGAUCAAGAAGGUCGAGCACGUGUUAAUGCGGCAUGGAUGAAAUGGAAAAUGGCAACAGGCGUACUGUGCGACAAGAAAGUCCCUGUUUGA